AACAUAAAUAUGGCGUCUUAUCUGUAUUCUGUGAAUGUCAUAAUAGCAGGGAUAUUUAUUACAUGUUCUCAAGUGAAAUUCACCUUCCAAAAAGAUGUUCCCUACCUUGUGAAAGACGGUGGAUCUAAUGAAGAUGAAAUCUUUACAUCAUUAAACAAAAGACAGAUUAGUAACUUAAGCAGUGCUCCAUUUCGUACCAAUGGCAAAAUUGACAUUACCACAACAAAAUAUAUCAACAUUCCACAAGACUCUGAAAAUGUGAUAAUUAGGAAUCAUGGGUAUUACACUUCAAAAGUAAUGACAAAAACUCCUGAUUUCAAUGAAUACUGGAAUGACCUGAAAAAUACAAAAGGAUAUAUGACACUCAUAAGGGGGAGCUAUCCGAUAAGUAUGAAGGCUGACCUGAAAUUUAAAUUCAGAUUUUAUGGAAAUAACAUAACCAAGAUCAUAUUAACCAGCUCAGGAUUUUUAUACAUGGGCCAAUUUAUUCAUAAUAAUCUCCAAGACACACAGUAUACUGCUCCACUGAUGGCAAUGUUUGAAGCUGAAGAUUCAAACAUCCUGUAUAAAGACUUUGGUGACAAGUUUGUAUUGGAAUGGCAGGAUGUUUAUCUCCCAGACAAGAAUGACACUAAGCCGUUCCAUUUUCAGACAACGCUUCAUGCAAAUGGCACAAUCUAUUUUGCCUACAAACAGGUACCUGUAGAUCUGUUUGAUAUUGACAUGAAGAAUCAUCCCGUAAAAGUAGGCUUAUCCGAUGCAUACUACAUCGACGUCAUAGCUGGCGGUGUAAUAAGAAGAACAGUACACGAAUACAACCGUAUAGACAUCGACUUUAAACUUGUUCGGACAGGGACGGUGGUUAUUUUGGACCCAUUAAAGAGUAGGUUGUUUUUUUUUUGUUUCGGGGAAUAGGAAAUGCUCGAUCAAUAUUACUACACUAAAUUAUAUCAGUAUUUGUUCUUCUUAAACCGUGAGUAGACAAAAAUAAUUCUUUCUGUCUCUGACAAUGCCUUAACGCCAGCAAUGAUACCUGUUACAAACCGCUUGGCUUUAUUUUAUCCAAAUUCAGAUUUAUCUGCACCUCAGUUUCUCAAAAGAUGUUUCUUAUUCAAA